UUUGUGCAGCAGGCUGGAUGUGACAAUGGGGCAAUCUUUGCUCUGCACGAUGGGCUUUUUCUUGCUCAGCACUGGAAAUCUUGAAGUUGGUCCUAAGCCCACUGUGUUACUGAAACCAUCCUGGACUCAGAUAUACAGCGGUGAGACGGUCACUGUCAGAUGUGAGAUUCAGGGAGGUGAAGGAGCUCAGUGGACUUAUGAAUGGAGACGAGGCCAGAAAAACAUACGUUCAGCAUCCAGAGAAUACACAAUGAACAGAACUACUGAGUCUGAUGGUGGAGGAUACAGCUGUCGGGGCAGAAAGGGCUCUUCCUGGACAGAGUGGAGUGAUAUCACCACAUUGACUGUAUUAUCAAAACCAAAGGCUGAACUGAGACACGAUAACACAGCUGUUCCAGUAGGGGGCAGUGUGGCCCUGACCUGCUCUGUCAACACAUCAUCAUCAUCAUCUGGAUGGAAAUACUACUGGUACAGAUAUGAGAACGAUUAUACUACAUCACUGGAUGCAGGUUUUCUAUCAAAUGGAGAAAUCAGUGUCUCUGAGAAAGGACUCUACUGGUGCAGAGGAGGAAGAGGAGAACCAGUUUACUACACAGAGGACAGCGAGACAGUCAUGAUUAUGUCAAACAGGCCUGUUGUGACUCUGUAUCCAAACUGGUCUGAGAUAAACAGAGGAGAGACGAUCACUGUCAGAUGUGAGAUCCAUGGAGGAGACACUGAGUGGGAUUAUGAGUGGGAAACAAACAGCAUCAGAAAACCUCCAAAUCAAAAUGAAUACAGGAUUAGAUCUGCUUCAUCAUCCAACAGUGGAAACUAUCGCUGUAAGGGCAGAAUGAAAAGUUCACAGUUUGAAAUAACAAGAUGGAGUGAUACCAUCACACUGAAUGUAUCAUCGAAACCAAAGGCUGAACUGAGAGCUGAUAACACAGCUGUUCCAGUAGGGGGCAGUGUGACACUGAACUGCUCAUCAUCAUCUGGAUGGAAAUACUACUGGUACAGAGAUGGGAAAUCUUAUGAAGCUUUGACAAAUGGACAAAUCAGUGUCUCAGAGGGAGGACUCUACAGCUGCAUAGGAGGAAGAGGAGAACCAGUUUACUACACAGAGGACAGUGAGACAGUCAGGAUUGUAACAGUUUCAAACAGGCCUGUUGUGACUCUGUAUCCAAACUGGUCUGAGAUAUACAGAGGAGAGACGAUCACUGUCAGAUGUGAGAUCCAUGGAGGAGACACUGAGUGGGAUUAUGAGUGGGAAACAAACAGCACCAUAAAACCUCCAAAACAAAAUGAAUACAGGAUUAGAUCUGCUUCAUCAUCCAACAGUGGAAACUAUCGCUGUAAGGGCAGAAUGAAAAGUUCACAGCAUAAAACAACAGAGUGGAGUGAUUCAGUCACACUGACAGUAAGUCAUAUUUGCUUUAAGCUGUUUGAACACUUUGUAAAAUGUGUUUCUGUUCAUAUUGACUGAGAUUAUUAUUCUUUG